CGGCAGCGUACCGGGUGAUAGGAAGGACAUUACCUCUGCCCCCACCAGAACCGGGAGAGGUGUGCAUCUCCCAGGACAACACCCCCGCUUCACCCUGCCUCCUGCCAGCCGCCCUGCCCUGGGUGUGAUCGGGCUCUCAGGGAGGAGCGGGGCAGCCCAGAAGGCUCCAUCCGCAGCCCCGGGAACCCAAGAGACCAGUGGGUUUCUUCUCCCCACCUCCACAACUUGGGCAGCACCAGGCUGUCCUUCUCCGUGCGCCAGCAGCCUGACCCCAUGGAGAAGCGCAGAGACCUCGAGGAGAUCCUCCUCAGCAUGCCCCAGUCCCUGAGCGUGGGAAUUGAGAUCACCAACAAGACAAGCGUGACCCUCCGCAACCCCAGCUAUUUCUGCCAAAGCGGUGAAGUCUUCACACCCCCGUCCCCAUCCAUCAGCCCCCAGUCCAGGGAGACGUGCAUCUUUGUGAAACGCAACCUGAGUGCCUGGGGCGUAUCCGGAGCCCUCUUGUACGUCUCGGAGCCCUUCUCCAUUGCGGUGAUGUUCUACAACCCCAGGAACAACACGAUCUUUGCCCACCAGUAUGCGGUGGAGAUCUUCCAGGGGCCGACCAUCUCCGGGAGCCUGGAGAGCCUCUACUGGUCCAUGCGUGGGGACCGACCCCAGUCCCAAACCUACAGGAAGGAGGUGCUGGACAAAAAAACCUCCUCCAUCGUUGUGUCCGAUGGGACCUACCGCAUCUCAGCCACCAUGUCCAACCACAACAAAGCCGUCCUGAAGGUGCUGGUGGAGGAGACGCGGGGGCCUCCGCCGCAGUACACAGCCGGCUGCUUUCCUCACCCCAAGGACAUCUCCAAGGAGAGGCACCCCCAGGCUUUCUCCUACUUGCCAAAACAGUGACAAAGCUCCGUGUCCUGGAAUUUCAUCCCCAGGUUGGAAACCCAACAGUUUCUGCACAAAGUGCGCAGGUUUGGUUUUAAUUCUGUGUUUC